AUGUCUGCCUCUAAAGUCUUCGUUUGCGGUGCCACGGGUACCCAAGGCGGCUCCCUCACCCGCUGUCUUCGCGCAAAGGACAUCGAGGUCCACGCACUAGCCCGAGACCCAACCUCCGACAAAGCCAAGGCCAUAGAGGCUCUCGGUGUCAAGCUAUGGCACGGGGACUACGACAACCAAGAAGCCAUGGCCUCCGCUAUCGCUGGCUGUGAUGCCAUCUUCAUCAACCUGAUGCCCAACCUCAAAGAUCUGUCCACCGAGAUGGUCUGGGCUAAGAACCUACUCGCAGCCGGCAAAGCUGCCGGUGUCAAGCACGCCAUCUACUCGAGCAGCUUUAGCUCCGACAACCUCGAAAAGUUAAAGUUCCUGGACCAGGAAGGCAUCGUCGCCACAGUCCUGCGCUCCAAGCAGAGCAUUGAGCAGGAGGUCCGAGGCGCAGGCUACGACCACUGGACGAUUCUCCGCCCCGGAAACUUCAUGGCCAACUUCCUGCAGCCGUUGGUGCGAAUGUACCCUGGGCUUGUCGAUCAGGGUGUUUGGACCACAGCCAUGACACGAGAGACUGUGCUACCCAUGGUCGACACGAAGACAAUCGGGCUCUUCGCCUGCGCGGCAGUUUUGGAGCCCGAGCGGUUCAGUAGCAAGCAAAUCAGCUAUGCGGAUGAGCUUGUGAGCAUAGAUGCGCUUCUGCAGGAGCUUUCGAAGGCAACGGGGCGAGACCUGAAGGCCGUGUAUCUUACCGAUGCGGAGAUUGAGGAGCAAAAGGCAACUAACAUUUUCAUCGGAGGGCAGCUUGUCAUGCGGGACAUGUCCCGGUUGGUGAACAUGCACGAGGUCAAGGAGUGGGGAAUUCCGAUGAGCACAUUCAAGGAAUUUCUGGUCAGGGAAAAGGAGGCAGUGGAUGCGACUUACAACAGCUCUGCUUGAGGGGCUUGUUUUAGGAGGGGAGGCAUUCUGACAAAUAGGUAUCGUUCCGUGGAUCCUACUCCAGAC